AUGGGACUGAUGAAGUACUUCGAAGAAAUUCUAUUCGAUGGCACGAUACCUGAAGGUGGUGGUGUUCAACAGCAGUCCCAACAGCAACAAUUCUCUACUCUAAGACCGCAAUCUGAAUCAAGUGUUUGGCCAGACCAAUGCGUCGAGACCGUGCCACUGGCCUCCCCGUGCCGUGUUCGUUGCCGAUCCACCUCGGCCGCACAGUUGGUUUAUUGUUGCACCGCGAACGCCGGUGACGAGUGGUGUUCCUUUACACCAACGGGCCAAUCCGUACAGUGCUUUAAACGAGCGGGCCAAUCCGUACAGUGCUUUAUUAAACAGGGCGACUACCAACCAUCCGCCACCAGCCUAUGUGCCGAGCCCGAGUGUUGCUUUAUGCAGCGACCAAUUGCGGUUGCCUCGAGUCGCGUGAAAACUGUGCCUCACGACAGCGACUUCUCGCAUCCUCCAAGGCAUGUUUUCAGUUCUUGCGGUCGUCGUCAGUCCAGUUUGAAUGUCCAUAUACUCUACCUCUCAUUGUUCCAAGCAGACCUCUUUGCAAAACUUCCACAACAAUGCAAUCUUAAGAGUAGUUGGACAGUGAGCACGGAAGUUACCGUGUUCAAAUACUGA